UCCCGGGCCGCAGUACGCGAAACACGUUCGACCGGGUCGGCGGUGGCGGACGAUGCGAAAUUUUUCACGACACGUGCGACGACUUCGAGCCUAUGCGACGAGCACCAAUACGUUAUGAGACAAUAAUAUUAUCGUUAUCAUAAUAUUGUUAUUGCGUCCAAACGAUAUUAUAUAUAUAUAUAGACAUUCGAUAGUACACGGAUAUUAUACGAUAUUACGGUUUGGUUAUAUUAUACGUUCUCAUAUAGUAAAAAUAUAGACAUAUUUUAUAAUAUUAUAAACGUAUCGGUUUUCAUAACCGUCGACAGGAAUCGACGCGACGACGCUUUCGGUUUUUCUUUCGCCGCCAUCGCGUGUUUUUUCCGACCGAUUUUGUUUCAGUGCGAUUUAGAAACGAUUUUUUUUUUUUUUUUAACGCCAGUUUACGAAAUCCGUCCAUCCGGUCGAAUAAUAUUAUAAUACACGUCUGCUGACCACCAAACGGUAUAUUAAUAUUGCUAAUAUUAUUCAGUCAGAUCUGCGACGACGAGCUUAAACGAGAUUGGACCUCGUUUCACCAUUUUGACGUAUAUUGAUGCCACACGCUUGUGAUCAAGACGCUACAGAAUGGAGGUUAUUCCUCUGAUAAGGAGUUCAGCCACCGGUUCGGAGGCGUCCAAAGGUGAUAACGGCAUCAAAAGACACGUACAAGAAUGGUCGAGACUCGACAGGUUGACCGGAAUCUUGGAGCACGCCAGAGUCGAAGCGGACCAAUGGACCAAUCACACUGCCAAUACUAAACACAAAUAUGGAAAGGUGGUAGACAGACGCGCCAGGAAUCUCGCCGACGGCAGUAAAGAAGAGACGCAACAGACCAAACAGCUGGAAGUGUUUCAAGCUCACACUGCCGGAUGCUCGGUACAAGUAAUCAGAUCUCAAACAAGUACCACCAGUUCGUGGCACAAUUCUAGUGCUGGUUCGAAUGCAUUCCAGUGGCCGUCUUCGAUAUUUGACAAAAAAGACAAUCAGUUUGAUCAAUUACGUUUGGAACACAGUCCUUUAGAUGUGAGUUCACAAAAAAGUAAAGCAACCGUAGGUCGUAGUGGAUCAAUUAGCACUAGACGACCACCUACUCGUAGACCACAAGCCGUUACAUCGCAAUUACCGAAAAUAGAGAGUAUUGACUCCACAGAUACAAUGGAAACGUCAAGUAGCCUAAAUGAAAAUAUCGAAGAAUCGGUUUCAACAAACCUAAACCGGCUAAAAAGUUGUUCUAACGAUGAAAUACGUAGUGACAUCAACGAAUCGGAUGAACCACUGGACCGAUCUUCCAGAUUUCGAAGGUCGUUACAGUUUUCACAGUCUAAAAACAUAGAAUCCAAUCACAAAGUUGCCGGAGAAUUAGAAAAUGUAUUAAAAAAGGUUCUAGGUAAAAAAUUGCAGGCGGUAGACGGAGAUAUCGAGGACGAGUAUUCAUUGAUAAAACCUGCAUCUCCGUUGAAAAAACCUACUUUCAUAACAGUAGAGAGCCUCAAAAAAACAAAAAACAAUUUACGACACUUGAACGAGGACAAGGAUAAAGACGACGACGGAAUAGAGACGGACGUGAAACCCACGGGAGACUCAAGGAGUUUAGACUAUAGGGGUUCAGCACUAACUCGCACCGAAGAGUGGUAUAACAGACGAAAAUCAUACGGAUUCGAGAAGGUGACUACAUCGGACCACAGCGGUAAGUACGCCACAGAUCCAUCGGCAAUGGAUUCGUCGACAGACAGUGGUAUUUGCCGCUCAACCGAAAACGGACUAUCAAACUCAAGCAGACAGUCAUCAGUCGAUCGUGAAUCUAUUGCCGAUCUUGUCAAGAAGUAUUCAAACAAAGAGAUCAACAACAAUACUCAGGUGCAUGCCUACAACACGACUGUAGUCGCCAAAGGAAAAAUCCUUGAAGCUAUUAAUAGCUUAAGGUCCAAAUCGAGUGCUUAUUUCGACGUCGUCAAACCUAGCGAUACCAUUUCGGAGUCCACGGAAAACGACGAAAGCGAAAAAGAACAGGUGUACAUGAGACGACUAUCGGUUGGUAUGGAUAUGGCGAUGGAUAAAAAUGUCAAUAGAGACGAAGUACCAAAACGUCAUUCAAUAGCAGUAGUAAGCGAAGUGGCAGACAGAGAACCCGGCGUCGACAAGAAGAACGGCAACAAGAAAGUAGAGUUCUGCAGAACCGAGGUACACUUCGAUGCGACUCCGGGAAAGAUAAACAUCGUUGACAUGGAAGACAAACCCGCCCCAGCUCAACUAUAUCGACCUAAAAAGAGGUAUAACCGUCCACCCGAGAAGAGUAGCCACGGGCUUCCUGAAUACCGUUUCGGAGAUGACGUGCACAGCGACGUUGUCUUACAGAUCAACGGAACCGGAAACCAAAACGGGGGAAACAGUGGUAACGAGUGUCCGACAACGGAAGACGAAACCACAGACACCAGCAAUAGUAUGCCAAAAAGCAUAUUGAAACGGCAACAGCUGCAGCAACAACAACAGCCACAGCACCAGCAACAGUCACAGCACCAACAGCAACAGCAGAACAUAGCCGAUAAUUCCGGUGGGGUGGCAUCCGACAACGGCAUCGAAGUGAGGAUCUCCUCGACGGAAUCUACGCCCGUAGACUGUAGACGAGCGUCCUGGUCCGUGGCCGACAGAGUAAAACAGGUAGAAGCUGUAGGAUUCUCGACCCGAGUGAACUUCACCGAGGGCGAAACAACGGCUGUAGGCUUCGACCCGGCCGAUCCUAGGAAACAGCGAUACUCGUACAACGGAUCGGCUUCGCCGGUUUGGUACCAGAACAAUGGCAACAAUCCGUCGGCUACCGCAGAUACUUCGGCGAAGUGCCACGAGAAACUGUUGGUGCGAAUCGGCGGCGGUGCGUGCAACGCAACAACCAAACCGAACACACAGGCCGCCGCCGACCUGUGCGCGUUCUCCCGGUGCUUCAGCGACCAGACGACGGGCAAUCACCUACCGCUCUCGUCCGCGUCGCUGGUGAUGAACACCAAGUUCCGGACGACCACCGAACAGCCCAGCACGUACCUGGAAGAGAUGAACACCAAGGUGCUUGGCCGGUUCCAGAAAGCCGUCAGCACGUCGUGGCCGCGGUAUGGCCACAAGACCUACCCGACGCCGGCCACUAGAAAGCACAACGUGCUGAAGAGCUGCGCGGACAUCAAGCGCGACAGGGCCGCGAACGGCAUGCCCGACGUGAUCGGCGCUUUGGACGACCUGAGCAAGAGCAUCGACGCGCAGAUCGUGGACCGCUCCGCCGACCGGCAUCACGUGACGCUGAUCAAGGUGCGACAGCCGUGCGAUGAAAUCCACGGCCGGCUGGAAUACGCCAAAGAUCUCAUGAGCACAGACGAGACUAGCGAGGAGAGUUUAAAGGCUGACGAAGAGGUGAGGUCAUACAUGGCCGCCGACUGCGUAAACGAAGACGACCGUCUACCCGAGUGCAAAAAUCUCAAAAAACUCAUAUCUACUGUAAAAAAAAAUAUCACACAAUCACAAUGUUCUCAAGAUAAUCGUCUAAAAAAAACCGACGUAAAAACGUACGAGUCGACAUUGGUGGUGCCAAACGUUACUUCGGUGUUGUUGAAUCACGAGAAACAGUUGGAACCCGAACGUUCUCAGUUCCAACCCGUGAGUGUGCAUACCUCUCAAGUGACACACGUUGUGAAACACCAGUUUGAAGACUCGCUCCAAAAACAGCCCAGCAAACGAGUGCCGGUAAAAAUUGUACAAGACAAUCGCAAGUGCAAGCCAAAAACGGAUGCGCCCGUUACCAAAAUGUGUGCCACCGUAUCUUUGAAACAGGUUCCUAUGACAGUGCAGCCAAAACCGGUGCAGUGUAACGAGAAUAAAAAAAAACCUACCGAAAAGAAGGAGUCGAUAUACGGCAACAUCGGGUACCGUGCUAACAGUCUUAGAGUCAAAGACAAACCGGCCUCGAACAAACAGGCACAAGACUUGUUCAGCACGGGCAGAGACAGCUGGCUCAAUAUGCCCAAAGACUUGGGUCCCAAACUUAACAAGUCUAAGGCGACCACUUACAAAUGUCGCGUUAGUCGGAAGGAGACGGUGGACUCGGAGGUUUCGGUAUUGGAAGAACUGAACCGGGCCGCCGAUGAAAUACUGAAAGCCGUCAACGGAUAUACGGACGACGAGUCACAAAUACCGAACGAUGCCGAUGAUAACAAGCCGAAGACGAAUUUCGACCACUCGGAGGCGAAACUCAAAAACAAAAAGAAAGCUGCUCGACUUUUGCAGCGAGCAAACAGUAGAGAAGCGCUGUUGCACCUGGACGAGGUCAGUUCGUCGGACGAGGAUGCCGCAGAUGAAGUUCAAAGGGUAAAACCAAAAAUGCAAAGGAAAACUAAGGCCCAGACACAGACCACCACCAACAGUGUCGCCACUAAGACCACAGCAAGUUUUACAAAAAAAAUCCAAAGUCGUACACAAAACGUAACGAAAACUAAUGUACAGCACAAAGUCCAUCCAACGUAUUACGGAAACGUGUCGAGUUGUACGCAGGCGCCGAUGAAAUUCCGCAACAAGCCUUCAGAAUCUUUGGCGAAACAAAUCGUCGUCGAUCAAAAGGACACUAAAGGAAGGUACCAGUGCAAGAUAACGGCCAGAACUUUUAAUUCUAAGAAACUCAAAGGUUCAAUCGAAGAAAACAAAAACUCUAUCAAAGGAUGUUAAAUAUAGUAUUAAUUAUUAUUACAUUAAUAUGUUAGAAUAAGAAUUUUUUGUUAAACAAUUUAAACAAUUAUAAAUCUAACUUAACAAAAUAUUAUACUUUGACCAUUAAUGUUAUGCAUUGACAUGCGGUUCUAACUAGAGAUAUUAAUUUAUAUAUCAACAAUAAUUUUUGUUUGUAAAAAAAAAAAAAUACUCAAAAAAAAUUAGGUAAAAUAAAUUUACAUUAGUUUACUUGUUUUUUUUUAUAUAUAUUAUUAAUUAUUAUAUUAUAUACUCGUGUCUCGAAUAGUCUUUCAUCGUGUACUACUACUAUAUUUCGACCUUUUAUUCUUGUUGACCCUACGUUGACGUAAAAAUAAGGUUGUUAUGCCUAAUAUGUUAAAAACAAAUGAAUAUAUAUAUAUAUAUACUUACUUAUUAUAUAUAAAUUCAAAAUAAUAAUAAAUUGUGAUUUAUUAAUAA